CCAGCAUCCAUUGGUAAUUGUACACGAAUAUCCUCCCUCAAUCUCUCUCACAAUCAAAUAAAUGGUUCCAUUCCUUCAACCUUCUCGAAAAUGAUCUUUCUAACAACACUUGCACUUGAGUCCAAUCAGCUUAAUGGCAUACUACCACCAGGGUUAGGAUCUCUUGUUCUUCUCUCACGUCUGCACCUAAGUAGCAAUCAAUUUUCAGGAGGCAUUCCACCUGAGAUAGGACACUGUCACUCUUUAUUGUCGAUACUCAUAUCAGAUAACUUACUGACAGGGGAAAUACCACAAGAACUUGGGCAUCUUACCGGCCUAUAUGAGCUGGAUUUGAGUAGAAAUAGUCUAAGUGGUGCUAUCCCAGUGAAUCUUUCUACGCUAUACAAUCUGCACAACCUGAAUUUAUCAUAUAACAGUUUGACUGGCAGAGUUUGGUAUACAUCUAUCCCUGCAUAAGUGACCACUCUUUCACUUGACCAUAAUAUGGCUUUAUGCGGCGAGUCCCAAUAUAACUUGACUCCAUGUGAAUCACCAAAGCUUGGCAGCAAACAAGAAAGCAUUAAACGCCCAAAUUUGAUGUUACUUCUUGCUUUUGUUACACCCUUUUCAUUCGGUUUCCUCAUAAUAGCAAGCAUCGUGGUUGUUUGCCGGAGAAGAAAAUCAAUAAAAAGUAGUAGCAAAAGCAAGUCUGGAGAUAUACUUUCCAUAUGGAACUUCGAUGGGAAGAUCGCAUUCGAAGACAUAAUCAGUGCAACAGAAGAUUUCAAUGAGAAAUACUGCAUUGGCAUUGGGGGAUAUGGAUCUGUCUUCAAGGUUGAGCUUGACAGCGGGGUUAUCUUUGCUGUCAAGCUCCUCCACUUAAUGGAAGAAUACAGUGACGAGGGAACAUUUCAUGCCGAGAUUGAAGUGCUGACCAAAAUCAGGCACCGAUGCAUAGUCAAACUGUAUGGCUUCUGUUCCCAUUCCUACUGCAAAUUCCUUGUUUAUGAUCUUAUCGAGAGGGGAAGCUUAUCAUCCAUUCUGCACGACCAAGAGCUAGCAAAGGAGCUGGAUUGGCCUAGGAGAGUUGCUGUCGUCAGGGACGUAGCUCAAGCUCUCGCCUACUUGCACCAUGAUUGUGAUGAUCGGAUCGUUCACCGCGACAUAAGAAGCAGUAAUAUUCUUCUGGACCUCGAUUACAAAGCUUAUGUCUCGGACUUCGGCAUGGCGAGGAAGCUCAAGAACGGUUACUCAAGCUGGAGCACUAUCUUUGCAGGUACAUGUGGCUACAUAGCCCCAGAAUUAUCAUCCACUAUGGUGUUAACUGAGAAGUGCGACGUGUACAGCUUCGGCGUGGUUGCGCUGGAGGUUGUUAUUGGAAAGCACCCAGGUGAUCUACUCCUCCCGUUCUUUUGCCGAACAGAGAAGCCGGCAAAGCUCAAGGACAUCCUGGAUCAACGCAUUGCAGCACCGUUGAGCAUCGAUGAAGAGAAGGCUAUCAUUUUGGUUGCUCUGUUGGCUUUUGCUUGCCUGCAAGUCAACCCGAAAGUCCGGCCGACAAUGCAGCAUGUAUAUCAAGCGCUCUCAAAUAGAAGCCACAUAGCGCUCAGGCCCCUUCAUGAAAUCAGGCUGCAAGAUUUGCAUGAUUACUGUGGCAGCAUAAAGAGUAUCUGAAGCUGUAUAUAUGAUCUCCUGGGUUGGCAGUUUUAUAUUCGCCCUCAAAAUUUGUAUCACAUUUCCAUAUUUGUGAGUAUAGAAUGAUGAACAAUAAGGAAAACACCUUUGAACGUCGAUUCAAUGUAUUUUUCACGAUUGGAUACAAAAAUAAACGUCCCCUUUAUGUCUAUAUCUUCAUUCAGUUGAAGCAGGUGUAAGUGGGAUCACAUAUUUUCCUGCUGGUCUUGUUUUGAA